AUGGGCCCCAAUGGGAUACCUCUCGACACCGCCGCGAUCGUCUCGACCACGUUGGAGGGUGUCCUCUACGGCGUUUCGCUUUUUUUGUUCGCGGUAACCCUUUGGGUGCUCCUCUGGCGAGACAAUACAGUGCGAGGACUUGUAGUCAAGGUCUCCGUCGCAAUCGCUCUUUUCCUCCUCAGUACAGCUCACAUGACACUCAGCGUGGUGCGCGUGAUAGAAGGCCUCGUGAUAUACCGCGAUACGUAUCCCGGCGGGCCGGCUGCGUUCUUCGCAGACGUCUCGCAGUGGACUUUCGCGUUCAAAAGUCUGCUGUGGACCUUGCAAACACUCAUUGGAGAUGGUGUUGUGAUCUUCAGGUGCUAUGUUGCCUGGGAUUCGUGGAAGGCGGUUGCCUUGCCAAUCGUGAUGUGGUUCGGCUUAGCAGUGGUGGGCGGGAUGGGCACCUACAUUACUUCCUAUGCCGAUGAGAACAAACACAACAUCUUUGCGCAGGAAAACGGUGUGUUGGCAACAACGUUUCUAGUUUUGAGCCUCAUGACAAACCUGUCCAGCACAUCGUUACUCAUCUAUCGCCUGUGGAGUAUAGCACGCGAAGUUGCACGUUCGACUCGUCAACACGAGGCUCUUGAGCACGCUAGCACAUCUCAUCUGUACACCUACAACUCCGUGAUGGCACCACUCGUGCGGAUCUUCGCAGACUCCGGACUGCUAUACUCUGCCACGCUAAUAAGUCAGCUGGUUACCUUCGUGGCAAAUAAUAGGGGAAACUAUAUUAUUCUGGACAUGAUAAUGCCCAUAAUCUCAAUAACGUUCUUCAUGGUCAUUAUACGCGUUGAGAUGUGUUCGAGAGACAUACGACUGGCUUUUAUGAGUGCGUCGGGCACGGAGAUGCCUACGUUCGUGCGUCCUCGGGAUGGUAGAAGCUACGAGGAGUAUAUGGUGGAACACGUUUCAUUGGAUCAGCCGCCGUAUCCGAUGAAGAGUGCACAGCGAGUGCGGACCAUAGAUAGCGUUGUAAGAAUAUGAAUACUGCGCAUAUAAACAAUCUCCUACUAAUGGAAAUCAACACCUUGACGACGC